AUGUCGUUCGACCCCUCGAGACCGAUUGACGACGAGAAGGUUUGGUUCCCAAAGGGAAUGUUUGUUGAUAACCGCACCAAUUCCAGGUUUGCUGCUGACCCGGAAGACGAUGAUAGAGCUUUCAUAUUCAACUCUUCUGAUAUGAAGGCUCUGAAUCGGUUUCUCGGGACAGGCAGGUUGCUCCCAACUACGCGCAAUGAUUAUCUACGAUCAUUGGGCAUCUUGACUACUGAUCCAUUGAGUACGGACCUCGGUAAAGAAGUAGAUAUUCUUGUGAAGACCUAUACAAAGAUCAAAACAGACUGUGUAUACUUCAGAGAUCACACAUGGCGUAACAUCGUCGACAUGGCAGCGCAGAUCAGGAUCUAUGCCACCAUGGCAGGUGGAACCGAGGAGACGUCAUACACAGUUCUCAUGCUAAAAUGGAUCGGUGAUUUUCACGACGAAAACAACAAACCUAACCCAGACCAAGCAAAGUUGAAGGAAUUAAAAGAAGGCAUUCAAUUCGUGGUCGACGAGGAACUCAGGAUAAUCAAACAACUACAGGCUGGCGCACAACAAGCAUUGGCCGGGCUUGAAAACUUUCAUGGCCAAUGCGAGCAACACGAAUCUGGCCUUAAAGUUAAUGCGACUUCACUUGAGGCUCAAUUGAUUAGGGAGGGUAACGAUAUCGAAAAUAUGCAGAAGAAGAUUGAUGCCGCUCGGGCAGAAUUGGAUGAAUACCAGGCAAGGAUUGAUGACAAGAAUAAGGUGCUGACUGACGCUCCCAAAUAUAUGUGGGUUUGGCCAGUGGGAACUUUCAUCGGAGUAGGACUCGUUCAAAGAGCAAAAAACGAAAUCAAGGGUAUGAGGGAGGCCAUGGAAAAGAUUCAAGAUGUGAUGGACGAGUAUGAAGCUAAGCAGAAAACUGCUUCGCGCUUACAGCUUAACAUUAGGUUUGUUAAUGGCCAAGUCAACAAUCUCACGCAAGAAAUCAGACCCGCAAUGCGCACAUUGGAAUUACUCCAAGGCGCCUGGAAAUCCAUGGUGACGGAUCUCGAAACCAUCAAACAAUUGAUCAAUAAUGAUACUGACAGUAUUCCUCCCAUGAUCCUUGCAAAACCACAGUUGCAGAAAAUUGUUAAUGAAUGGAAUGAGUUGAGGGAAUUCGCGAGCAAUUAUAUUCAGAACUCGUAUCUGAGCGAAUCCCCGGAAAAUGUUAGUGUGCAGCAGUAUAUUCAUCAAUUGGAAACUGCGGUUUUCGUCGCGACGAGAUGUUAA